CCAGGCAAACGCCCUGCGUUGUCAUCACGCACAGUCGUCAUAACGAAUCCAUCCGUUAUUGUAAAUCCCAGAGCAGCGACUUGUCAAUAAACUGAGCAGGACACGGAUACAAGGGGAAGAAGGCAGACAGAAGAGGAGCUGGUAGGCGUAUCGCCUCCCGGGACAAAUCGCCGCACAGUGUGAAAGUAACUGCAGGAGGGGACGGAGAUGCUCACCGUGGCGGAACAGAGCGCUUUUUAACGACAGGGGAAAGGAGGACAUGAUUUGAAGCUAGUUUCCCAGCAGGAUUUAUCACCCUUUUAUCUGAAAAUUGCUUUUUCUGAUCUAUAACGCUUCUCUCUAUAGGCUGCCAUCAACCUGGACAGCACGCACAGUUGUCCGGUGUUUCUCCUUGGAGAACGACGCGGAGACAAGAGAGGUCAAGACAAAGUCACUUCGGUGGCUGAAAAGCGGGGAGGGUGGGGGGCGACCAUUUACCAAGCUUCUCUGAGUCUAAAGUCCCUUAUCUACCCAUUUGUACUCUUGUUAUUCAAUUUUACUCUACCGACCAACAGCAAGAGAGGAUUAUUACUCUACAAACAAGUGCAGCUCCAAUGCAAAGAGCUGUGAGUGAGUGAAAUGUGAUGCUGGUGCAGGAAUGACAACUGCUGAAUGGGGAGCAAAGAGCAUCUAGGGGAGUUUACGUGGAGACCGGCUGAUUAGCCUCAAACGACGACCGUGUCCGGUUUCACCGAGUAGCCUACAAAGACGUUCCCUCACUCUCCCUAGUUCAUUGCUUUGCCUCUACUCUUUAACUCGAGACUGGAUUCCAGCGAAAUUACCCCCCGGCGGACGGGUAUUUUCCCUUUAAAUGACCGGUUAACGGAUCUUAACGGUAACGCGGGGAGCUCAUGUGGAGACCAAACGAGUGCGCAACGCGGCGGUGCGCCGGUUUAACGGCGUUUUUUCCACGCUCACAGUUCUGUCCCAGUGGAUCACUGGGUUGCUGUAGGCUAUAGGCUAUCACCGGUCGUCUACCCGUAACGGGCUUUUAAUGCAAACUCAACGGGAACUAAAUUGAAACGCCUCGUUUGCCCCACCACCACUCCAGGUGCGGCCAGCCUUCCGCGGCGCAAGACCCCCUCAAAAAGUGGAUCUGAUUUCUUAUUUGGUUUAAAAAAUUGUCUGACCAGGAGGAGGAUUAUUUAACAUAUUCUUUGCUGAUUGGAGUUCUUUGCCUGGCUUGAUAAGAGGGCAGAUAACCGGAGGAGAAAUAGCCUCCACCCAACCGGAGAGGAGGAGUGAGAGACGCGCAGGUCCUUGGAUCCAUCUCCCUGGGCCAUCUCUAGCUUUUCCAUCCAUCUGCUAGUUGCCGCACUGUAUCUUCAUGUUGAGUCUUAAUAAAUCACAGCACAUCAGAUAGAGUUGCCCUGUUCCCAGUGGAGGAUAAUGGAACGGCUGUGGUUCUCUUUGCUGUUGCUGGCAGCAGCAUGCAGGGGACAGCCGUGUCCGAAACGCUGUAUGUGCCAGAGCCUUUCUCCAUCGCUCGCUAUCCUCUGCUCCAAAACAGGCUUGUUGUUUGUUCCUGCUGCCAUUGACCGACGCACAGUGGAGCUACGGCUUCAAGAGAACUUCAUUACAGCUGUCAGAAGAAAGGACUUUGCCAACAUGACCAGCUUGCUACAUCUGACCCUUUCCAGAAACACCAUCAGUCAGAUUCUCCCUUCAGCUUUCAGUGACCUGCGGCGACUGAGAGCACUCCACCUAGACUCUAAUAGAUUAACUGUGAUCAAGGACGACCAUUUCAAAGGCCUGACCAACCUUCGUCACCUGAUCUUGGCCAACAACCAGCUCCACUCCAUAUCUCCCCAUGCCUUUGAUGACUUCCUGUCCACAUUGGAGGAUCUCGACCUCAGUUACAAUAACCUUGCCCAGGUGCCCUGGGACACGAUCGGGCGGCUAACCAACGUCAAUACCCUAAAUAUGGAUCAUAACCUCAUAGAAAAUGUUCCCCAAGGGGUUUUCACAAACCUACACAAACUGGCCAGGCUAGACAUGACGUCAAACAAGCUGAAGAAAAUUCCCCCAGACCCGUUGUUCCUGAGAAUUCCAGUUUAUGCCAAGUCCAGAGGCUCCCCCCUCUCCUCCCUGGUGUUGAGUUUUGGUGGCAACCCCCUUCACUGUAACUGUGAACUUCUGUGGUUGAGAAGACUGACCAGAGAAGAUGACCUCGAGACGUGCGCAUCUCCCCCUGACCUCAGUGCCAAGUACUUCUGGACAAUACCUGAAGAGGAGUUUAUUUGUGACCCACCAGUUCUGACCCGUAAGUCACCUCAUACAGUGGCCAUGGAAGGCCAGCCUGCCAGCCUGAAGUGCAAGGCAAAUGGCGACCCUGAACCUGAAGUCCACUGGAUCAGCCCUGAAGGGCGACUAAUAUCUAAUAGCACCAGAACCUUGGUUUUCCCUAAUGGAAGCCUGGAGAUCAAUGUAACAUCGCUAAAGGAUUCGGGAAACUUCACCUGCAUUGCCUCCAACGCAGCAGGUGAAUCCACAGGAAGGGUGGAGCUAGUUGUCACGGCGACGCCCCACUUGGCAAACAGCACAAGCCGCAGCCGAGACCCGUCCUCUGAACCUGCCCCCUCUGACAUCUUAACCUCCUCUAAGGUUGCGCUGCCUAAUAAUGAGACAAGAGGGGCCGACCGGAGAGUCUCAUUGGUGGAACUGACAGGAAACUCUGCCCUCAUUAGAUGGAGCAGUCAGACUCCUACAUCUGGAGUCAGGAUGUUCCAAGUCCAAUACAACAGCUCUGGGGAUGACACGCUGGUUUACAGGAUGAUUCCAUCCAGCAGCAAUGACUUCCUGGUUCGGGACCUCGCUGCUGGACGCAACUACGAUCUUUGUGUCCUGGCUGUGUUUGAUGAUGUCAUCACUUCACUGACUGCAACACGUCCUUUGGGCUGUCUAUCAUUCACCACAGACACGGAGUUCAGUCAGUGCCAAGCACUGCACAGUCACUUCCUGGGUGGUACUAUGAUCAUCAUCAUUGGAGGAAUUAUUGUUGCCUCUGUGCUGGUUUUUAUUAUCAUCUUAAUGAUACGAUACAAGGUUUACAGCAACCAAGGGGCAGGCCACGGAAAAGCAGGCAUUGCGGCUACAGCAGCAAGGCCGCAAAGCAAUGGACAAGGAGGAGGUGGGCAGAUCCAAGUCCUUCCUCGUUCUGCCUCAAAAAUGCCUGACAAUCAGGAUAACCAAGCGCUAGCGCCAUCCAGGGCCAUGUCGCCUAGCAACACUCUGAGAGACACUGUGGCAUUGGUCGAAGAGGAGAGCAGUGGACGGAACAUAAUGACAAGGACUGACUCCUUGGCCAAUGAGGAGUUGCUCUCGCCCACCAAGGCCCGCUUCUCCUCCAGGGUCGCCAUUGAGAUGAAAAGCAGACCGCCAUCUGUCGCCAAAGAACCCACCUCCCCCAAGGAACUGGCAGAACCCUGAUAUUGUUGUUCUGAGUGGCAGAUGUGAAGAAUGAACGACACAACCAGGGAGAAGCUGGUGAAGAAAAAAGGCCCUAUGACUCCUCUCCUGUAUCUCCUGUUUACUGUACCCAUUACUUUGUUGCCAUGUAUAUCAUGGUGUUAUAGACCUGUACUGUCUGGUUUACUUUUAACUGCUUAUCUUGGUUCUCACAUCUGGAUUGGAUGACCUUGUCAAGGCACCGGUGUCUGUUUGGCUGUUGAUUGGCCAGUUGCUGCAGGAUCAAGCUGUCGAUGUGAUCAUCUUAAUCACUUAAUGGAACGGCACACACUGAUUGCUCAAUUUUCCACUUACAAACAUCUGUAUCAACGUGGACGUGGACGAAGUGGGGGGUGUGGAUAAUUUAAAAAGCAACAUAAGAGGCAUAUAAAUAGGUCUCAACAUAAAAAUGGACAGAAAAUGUGAAUGAACUUCUCACCAUCUGGAGCAGCAUCAACAUGUACGGACAGAUACAGAGUGGAUGGUAACAACAGACAGACAAAUUAAAUGGCUAAACAGUCAGAGUUGGAUGCAUAGAUAAUCACACUGUCUGGAUGGGAUUCUUUGGAUAUGAACAUAAACACCCAAACAAUAAUGGCUCACUGUUUCUACAACUAAACAUAUGGGACUUGGCACCACACACCUGGCUCAAAGUGGCUCAACUUUAUUAUCCCAUGUGGAAUAAUGUGAUCCUGCCAAACUGAACUAAGUUGAGCUGAUCCUAGCUGGGCUGAGAGCUGGAUCUUAAACUUGACUGGACCCUGUUAUCUCUCAUUCAGAGGUCUGUUUCUGGAAAGCACAUACGGUAUGUAAGGAAACCUGAACUGAACUGGUUUAACCCAGACAGACCUGAAUAAACUUGUGGUACCUGAACUGGAGUUGAACACUGGUAAAGGACUCAGACUGUGCAGUGAACUGAUGCAGACUAGACUAAAGAUCGCAUCUAAUGGUCUAGUCUGUGUAUUCUACUGCCCUGCUUCAAUAUCUACUGCUUUCCGCUGGAUGGGACUUGUGAAGACCUUGUGGACCUUUACCAGCCUCUCUCACCUCUCUCCAGGCCCAGUUAAACAGCUGCUGAUCAGGAGGAAAGCCACAUGUCUGAAGUGAAGAAGUAAACAGAUGAACAGAUAAGAUAGAAAAAAUAAAGUAGCGGGGUCAUUUUAUCAAAAUCAUCACCAUUACUGUCUUCACUGAAUAAGUUUACAGGUCCAGAGUUCUACACUGAAAAGCUAAGUACUUUUAAUAUGAAGAAAAAUGCUAUUUGACUGCACCACCUGCAUUGCUAACAUCAUGGUUGUAGUCAUCCAGGACCUUUGUACAUCUUCAUUAUGACAACUUCAUUACCACCAUGGAGUGUGUUUACGUGCACACAGCAUGAUUGAUAACAGGUCACAUCUCACUUAAUGUUCUAUUUCUGAAGAGUUACAUCUUAAUGUUUGUCUGACAGAUAUUCCUUUAUAAUAAUCAACAGAAUGACGCAGGUGCUCUAUACAAGCAUCUCUCUCAUCAUUCUCAUGCUUUCACUCAGAUUUAAUAUUGUAAAUGGGAUACACAAGUGGGUACACAGGUGCCGUCUCAUGUACUUUCCAUGUGUGCACGUAAUUGCACUCACCGCCAUUCCCCAGUGUCAUUAUUACCAUUAUCAUCAUGACUGUGGUUGUGACAUGGUUACCUGCAGAGAUGUACGUUGUUAGAAGAGCAAAAUAGACAGAGAACCUCAAACCCUUUGACCCGUCCAAGAAGAAACACACACCCCCAAAAACAAACACAAUUGCUUUGUCUUCACUUUUCUCCUUCUGUGUUCCCCUUAUUUUUUCUUUGGGCUUUAUCUUUUGUAUGUGUACAUAAAGCAAUUUCAAAUCUUAUAGUUUUGUACAUGUAAUUUUUAUGGUGUGUGGACAUUUUCUAAUAAAAUAAAACAAAAAUGGAUGACUUUUUCC